GUUGGUAGAGUCCGACACGAAGCAUCAUGGCGAUAGACGGAGGGGGCCGAAACUGUGGUGUCCAUGAGCUCAUCUGUGCCAGAAGAGCAACAAGCUGUCAGUGGGGAGUCCCGACGAUCUGUCACAGCUCAGUGGUUAUAACAACACACAGCCAGUGCCUCUAAUGAGCUAAUCUAGCGGUCAGCGUGGUGACGAGAUCCCCGGCUGAGAGAUGGCCUUCUUCAAGAGCUUCCAGCAGAACCUCCCAUCUGUGAACAUCUCCUCCAUCUUGGACUCGGUCACCAGUCGCGUGGACGACCUGGCCAACGCCGUCAGCGAUGCCACCUACGCCGUCAGCGACCAGCUCUCCGAGCAGGUCACCACUGUCAUCAAGAAGGUGCACGAGGAGGAAGACGGGGAAAGCAACGGCAGCGGGCAGGGGGCCGCUCAGACGUCCACCGCACAGGAAGGGAAGGGCGGCGGGAAAAGCAUGUGGCCAAUGAACAGAGACGCUGAAACAAGCAGCACGGCUUCAAAAAACAACCAGACCAGCGAUUCAGCAGAGGCCGAUCGCACGCAGAGCCAGAUGGAGUGGGAAUGGAGGGACGGCUGCUGGCGGGUUAAAAAGACGGAAGCGGAGUUGGCAGAGGAAGAGAGGAAGAAGAAAGAGGAGAAGGAACUGCAGGAGAAGAGAGAGCAGAGGAGGAGAGAGAGGAGGGAGAAGCAGCUGGAGAAAGAGGCUCAGAGAAAGAAAGAGGAAGAGCGAGAGGGAGAGGAAGAAGCUGAGGAGAAAACGGAUGAGGGUCGUGCACAAGGCAGAAAGAUGAGUGAUAGCGAAGAACAAUCAGCUGCUCAGCAGGGGGCGGACGACUGUGCUGACGCUCCCCAUUCACCUGAAACUGAAAGCAGGGCGAGAGAGAAAAAGCCAAAAGAGGAGGGAGAAGAGGAGGAAGGGGUGGAGAACGGCGUGGAGAGAGAGGGGGACGAUGAGGAAGAGGCUGAGCUUCCUGUGCCUCCGUCAACGGUAAAGAAGAAAAAGUCCGACAAGAAGAAGAAGAAGGGAAAAGACGCAAAAGAGGAUUCAAAGAAACCAGGAAAAGCCUCAGAUGUGGAGAAAAAGAAGGAGAAAGGAAAGAAGAGCAAGAAGAAAAAGAAAGGCAACCAAGAGGGAGUUUUAUCAGACAGCGAGGAGGACAGAGGCCUGGAGGCGACGGCCCAGCAGAACACAACGUCAGCGUGGAGCAGCGAACGCAAACAGUCCAGCGAGCAGGGAGGAUACAGCAGCGAGGCCUCCAGCGAACACGCAGCCAACAGCAUCCAGAGGAUAAAGAAAGAUUCGUCUCUCAACGAGCUCCAGCCUCCUCCGUACCAGGACAAGGGCUCGGCCCCCCGCGUGUCCUCCCGCUCAGAGCGAGGGGUCCGGAGGGGGUCGCCCCCGCAGCGCUGCGACAGCCCCCGCGGCUCCAGUGAGGCCAGUGGGGACCAGGACACCGAGAGCUACCUCAACAAAGGCUGUGAGGAGGAUAUACCCAGUGACAGCACAGCUGUUCUGGGACCUGAGGAUGGCUGUGGUCUCCAGCUCCCCACGGCCUACGAGCCAGAGCCCCUUGCCAAAUACGGAACGCUGGACGUCGCCUUCGAGUACGACUCCAGCGAGCAGUGGCUGGCCGUCACCGUCACCGCGGCAACAGACAUCCCUGCCCUCAAACAGACGGGGAACAUCUCGUGGCAGGUCCACCUGGUGCUGCUGCCAACCAAGAAGCAACGGGCCAAGACCGGCGUACAGAAGGGCCCGUGUCCCAUCUUCACGGAAACAUUCAAGUUCUCCAGAGUGGAACAGGAGGCGCUGGGGGACUACGCCGUUCGAUUCCGCCUCUACAGCAUCAGGCGGAUGAAAAAAGAGAAGGUCCUGGGAGAGAAGGUGUUCUACCUGACUAAGCUCAACCUUCAGGGCAAGAUCGCUCUUCCUGUCACGCUGGAGCCCGGCUCUGAACUCGCGGGUUGCGGCUCCGUGGUGAGCGUGUCCCGCAGCGCAGGAGCUAUGACCUACCGCUCCACCGAAGACUCGUCCCUGCCCGAGAUCCUCCUGGGUCUCAUCUACAACUCUGCCACGGGAAGGUUAUCUGCUGAGGUCAUCCAGGGAAGCCACUUCAAAACCACAGCGUCCGAUAAGCCCGUCAAUGGUCUGUUUUGUUGUAUAAAACACUUUGUAGGGGGACAGCUUUAUAUCAUGAGAGACACCUACGUGAAGCUGACCAUGCUGGACUCCAAGGGGAAGGAGAUGUCCAAGUGCAAGACGGCCGUGUGCCGCGGGCAGCCCAACCCCACCUACAAGGAGACCUUCAUGUUCCAGGUGGCGCUCUUCCAGCUGUCCGAGGUGUCCCUGGUGGUGUCGGUGUUCUGCCGCCGCAGCAGCAUGAAGCCCAGGGAGAGGCUGGGCUGCGUGUCCCUGGGCCUCAACAGCACCGGCGAGGAGCAGCAGGCCCACUGGACGGAGAUGAAGGACGCGGAGGGCCAGCAGGUCUGCCACUGGCACACGCUCACCGACACAUAGGGCGAAGAUUCGCAGAGACUCCGAUUAACAGCAUUCCCUGCACGCGCAGAGCUGGAGGCAGAGCUGGAGGCACCUUGUGAGUUGUGUGUGUGUGUGUGUGCGUGUGUGUGUGCGUGUGUGUGUGUGAGGACAGGCUUGGGCUCCUAUCUUCACUGCCAGAGACGAGCACCCUUUAAUCUGCCUCCUCUCUGUGAGGCAGACUUCCUGACUGUACCAGUGGGGGUGUCACCUCCAGCUCCGGCCUCUUUAUUGACAGGAACAGACUAAACAAUGACUCUAAUACGACCGAACUAACCGAGAGCAGGCGUUUUCCACUGACUCCAGCUGAACCUGCAUGUACACUCACUGUUUACAGGACAAUGUUAAAAGAACACUUUUUUUCCCCCCCGUCUGUGAAACUUGGACCAAAGAGCUCGAUCCAGGACGAACAAACGACAUCUCUGGACUUCAGCUGCCACCAGCACACCAGACAUCUCUCUAGCAGUCGCAGCCAUUGACGAGAAGAGAAUGCAAAGAGAAGACUGUUACUAAAGGCCUACUACAUGCUGCAGCUACGCUCACAAGCUAUGCUUUGUACCGUUUGUUUACAUGCACAUGACAUUAUGCAAGAUCCAUUCAUCCGUGUUCCCCCCUGUAUUUUAUGUUUUUGGACGAUCAGUCAAAGCGUUUACCAGUUGUUGGGGGUGUGUGUUACACAAGGACAGAUGUUUUUUGGCGUGGUCUUGCAUAACUCUGUACACUAUGCAUCUGACGCCACUUUAAACGAGACGACUCAAACUCCAGGUCUCGUGCUCGCUGAGUCCGACGGGAUUGGACAGCAGCAGCUCUGCAUGCCCCUGGUAUCAAAGAGCAGCCUGCUUGCCUGUGUAAUACAGAUUGAGCCUGUUUUACCAUCCAGCCUUCUGACGACUCAGCCAUGUUCAUUCGUGUAGAAACACGGUGCUUCCCGCUGAGGAGGAAUAUGCAAAAAGCCUGCGCAGUCCCAUAAAGCCGACAGUUUCUCUGAGGCGCCGCUGGUGACAGCAUCAGCCCGCGCUCGCUGUGAAGUGGGAAAAAUGAAAAUACAGGUUAAGGGUAAAUCAUAUUUGCUCAUCACGUGUGAACGGACGAUGUUAUAGUAAAAAAAAAGACUUAAUCAAACGAGAAAGAACGGUGAGAAAUCUGCGCCUUCACCUGGAACAAAAUGUCGGCAUCAAAUAAAAAGCUAUGAGUCAGAAAAUCCCCCCCGUGAAGACGGCACCACCACACCCACCAGUAAAAAUCAAACCCUCUCCCCUCCUGAAGCUGAGGAGCGGAGGAUGCACUCCUCUUUCUCUUCGCCCCUGUGAUUCCACAGCAGUCAUCUGAGUUGGAGACGCUGCACCUCGUCCCUUCAGUCCUCUCCCUUUAUUCAUUAUGAGAUUAUUUCUGAGGAUUUGAUGAAAACCAGAUGUGUAGCAUUCCUGCGACAUAAACAAUUGGCCGAACAGGGAAUAACAGGCACCGGGGGGGGGGGGGCUUCUAACACAAGUUGGGCGCGUUUUGCUCCCACCUCAAUUUGUGCAUAAACCAGCAUUUAAAACCAUUAAGUUUUGACACGUUUGUGGAAAUACACGUCAUGAAUACAGGGAGAUGAGGAGGGGAAGCAGCUACUCUGGCUACUAGAGUCUUGAUGUCACUUUGAGUCUGCAGAGAUUUACUGCUGAAACACAAUCCCCCUCGUAAAAACCACACAUUUUUACGUCCCCUUUUUUCUUCCUCCCUGAGAUAAACGAGAUGUAAUGUGUUAAUAAUGGAGCUUCAGAGGUGCUGCUAGGCAGAUUUUAUUAACUGUGGACACAACCUCACUCUGAGCUGCGUAUUUAAUGGAUUAAUAUGAGUUGUUCCAUUACUUCCUUUAAAGUACUCUGUGCAUUUAAGGGUUAAUCAUCUCUAACUAAACAAAAGGUGCAGUGUAGGCCAUUAAAACAGGAAGGCAGUUGUAUUUAUUUAAUGCUCUGAGUAUGUGGGUCAGUACUAAUGGUUCUCAGUACUAUUCAUGUAAUAAAUGAUACGUAUUAAACGCAGUAGUUUUGUGUAGACGAUAAAAUCCACCUAACAGCACCUGUGAACCGCACAAAGUAACACGUUUCUUGGAGUGUAAAGAAUCAAGAAGAAUAAAUCUGGCAUUCAUUUCAUUUGUAAUUACCAUCUGCGCACGUCUCAAUUCUAAGCUUCUAUCGUCUUCCAACAUUACUUCCAUUUCAGCCAAUUUCCUAGUUUUUCAUCCCUAUUUAUAUAUUUAUACAUCAUAUUCAUUUUUCAUAUGAAGUAUUCCAGGAGAUUUAGAGAUUGUAAGCAAAUGAAAACGGGCUUUUAAAAAGAAGUUAUGUACUGUAUGUUCUUGCAGAAUAUCAUACCACUGAAUAAACUAAGGGUUUUUAUUUCC